AUGGUGAUGAAAGGUAUUGUUGAAGAUGCAGAUGAAGGGACUUCCCAACCCCAACCCAAACGGAGGAAGUAUAUUGUUCGUGAACGCGGAACUGCAAAUGAUUUGCUGAAAUGGUAUUGGACCGAAAGGAACUUUUUUUUUGCAAAUGGGGUUGAAUACAAGUAUUCGUACUAUCUUGAUGAAAUUUACCCUGAGUAUGAUGUUUUUCUAAAAUCGUUUUCAAGAGAUGGAACCCUAUAUCCUAAAAGAAUAAAGUUUAACAAAGUUCAGAUGGCGGCACGCAAAGACAUCGAUCGAGCAUUUGGUGUUUUGCAGAAAAGGUGGCGCAUUUGGAGCAUGCCUUGUCGAUUGUAUGAAAAAGAUCAAAUAAGAAACAUGAUGUACGCGUGCAUCAUUCUACACAACAUGAUUUUAGAGGAUGAAGGGCGUGCAAUUGUUGAAUAUUAUGGCGAGGAGCCCAAAACAAAUAACGAAUACAUUAGUGACGAAAACAGAACGCAAAACCAAUAUCUAAUCGAGUCAAGACAAAUAAAGUCAAACCUUCAAGCUGAUUUGGUAAAACAUGUUUCAACACUUCCUCCAUUCGACUUCAACGAAGAUGAAGAUAAAGAUGAUUGA